AUGGGUCAGGAAUGUAUUGAGUUUAUUGCUAUAUGUAGAACGCUCAAGUUAGAGCUAUUAGAGCUUCUUCGUACCAAGUAUCAACUUCCUCAAGAAGCUCUGGAAUGGGUAGACGAAAUGGUAGAGUACAAUUGCAUUGGUGGCAAACUGAAUCGUGGUCUAAGUGUCAUUCACUGCACAAAGGAGAUGGCACCAGACAAAAUCCUUACACUAGAGCUUAAAGAGAAGGCAAGUGUAUUGGGAUGGUGCAUUGAGUGGCUUCAAGCGUUCUUCCUUGUGGCCGACGAUAUCAUGGAUGAAUCCAUCACGCGCCGUGGAAAACCGUGUUGGUUUCGUAAGCCACAUGUAAAGAUGAUUGCAAUCAAUGAUGCAUUCUUGCUCGAGGCAUUUGUCUUUCAGAUCCUCAAGAAGCACUUUGGCUCUGAGCCGUUUUAUUUAAACUUGGUUGAUACCUUUCACGAUGUUGUCUUCCAUACGGAGAUCGGACAGCUUCUAGAUUUGACGUCCCAGCCUUUAGACGGUGAAGUGGACCUUGAUCGUUUUACUCUUGAGCGUUACCGCCAGAUUGCGGUGAACAAGACGGCAUACUACACAUUCUACCUCUCUGUUGCGUGUGCUAUGUUCCUGAACGGAGUAGUUGAUGAAAGAUUGCACGAAGUAGCCAAGAACAUUUGCGCACAGAUUGGCGAGUACUUCCAGAUCCAGGACGAUUUCCUAGACUGCUAUGGUGAUGAAAAAGUGAUUGGCAAGGUAGGCACAGAUAUCCAGGAUAACAAAUGCAGCUGGCUGGUUGUCCAGGCUCUUGAGCGUGCAACGUUGGAGCAAAGGAAGACCUUGAAAGAAAACUAUGGCCGCAACAACCCUGACGCCAUUGCGGCUGUCAAGAAGCUGUACAACGAGCUUGAUCUCGCUGCAGUUUACCACCAAUACGAGGACGAGAUGUACAAAACGAUUGCUGAGCAGAUAGAGCAAAUGGUGGUAAUGCCGUCAGAGGUCUUCACAUUUUUGGUUAAGAAAAUCUUCAAGCGUGAUAAGUGA